UAUUGAUUGAAAAUUGCAUAUACCUUCGGCCUCCCAAGAUCAAAAUCUUGGGAUUAGGGUUUAGGGUUAGGAAUCAAUUUCUAAAUCUUCACCAGAGAAUGAAACUUGAUCAUCGCCGACCGGAAGAAAAAAUGAAUAGCGUUAGCCCAUGGAAACGGAAACGCCCUGAACGGGAAGGUUCAUUCGUAAUUCCGCGACAUAGUAUUGGGGAGAGGUUUGACCAUUUUGUAUAUGCUAAUAUGGACGUAGAUAUUGAUACCAAAAGAGCGGCUUUGAAAGCUUCUCCUUCAGUUGUUUGUCUUACAUCCCUUACAGGUGGGAAGAUGUUUGCAUGUUCUGGGACUAUAAUAGAAUGCGAGGAUGUUAAUGGAACAUUCAUCAGUACCAUUUUAACUUCUGCGACUCUCCUAAGAUCACCUAUUGAUGCAAAUGUUGUACUAGAUGACAUUAAGGUUGAUGUUUAUGUAAUGAAUGAUAAUCCAUUUAACGGUCAUGUGAUUGCUUAUGAUUUUCACUUCAACAUAGCUACUAUUAGUAUUGAAACAGAUGUAGCAUUACCAACUGCAAUCAUUAGACCUUUGGAUGAUUCAAUCUCAAUAGAUCCAAUUGAGAUCUCGGGUACUGGGGACAAUGAGGUGGCUUACAAAUCGUUUCAGCUUCAUCGUCAUUCAAAUUUAUUUAGACUUUGUCCGGGAGAUAUGGUUGUAGCCAUUGGCCGCUCCUGUGGUAGAACCCGUGACCUUAUGGCUGCACCUGGCAAAUUCAGUCUUGACUGCUGCAAAUUUGAUUGCAAAGAGCUUUUCAGGGCGAAUUGCAUUAUUACAAAAAGUGGUAUUGGGGGACCCCUUAUCAAUCAUUAUGGAGAAGUCAUUGGAGUCAAUUUUUAUGAUGAUGUUUGUACCCCUUUUCUACCGAUCAAUAUUGUUUCCCAAUGCUUGUUGCGAUUUAAAAAAAAUCGGAAAUCCCGUCGACCUUGGCUUGGCUUGGUAAUGACUAAUCUUUAUGCGGCAAGUGUAGGCAAGUUGGAAAAGAUUAUCUUGAAGUUCAAUAUUUCCAAAGGUGUUCUUGUUGAAGAGGUUAUAAAAGGAUCCCCAGGGUCCCCUGCUGAGCAAGCAGGAAUACUCCACGGUGAUGUUAUUGUUCAAUGUGGAAAAAAGGUGGUUCAAGGUUUUUUGGAGUUCUAUAAUAUAAUAUGGAAGAAGGUUGGGAAAACUGUGGGGGUGAUUGUGAUUAGAGAAUCAUAUGCUGCCCGUUUGUAUCUGGAAGUGUUUGUUGAUGAGACUAGAGCAGAUAAAGUAAAUAGAUGGCCAGUACCUGAAAAAUGCAAUGCUUCGGUUGGAAGAAUUCGAUAUCAGUAUCGAUAAUAUGUUCUUUGUGCAGUGGUGUUUUGUUGGGACGGUUCAAGUUUUCACGAGGCUUAAAAGAGAAAUUUUAUUUGGAGGCUUUUUAUAUUUAAACUUAUAUUGUCAUAUUUAUUAGUAUUUUUGUU